AUGUCUUCGACACAUGAAGCCAAUGCCAUUGUUCGAGGCAGUAAGCAGCAGCCACCUUCGCGCAAUCUGUUCUCUGUCCCCGCGCCGAUUAAGCAGCUUUUUGACCAAUUCCCUCUACUCACAUACCCCGUCAACGACCUCCCACAACGCGCACCGCAACAUCACAAUGCACACGUGCUAUAUGUCUUUACUACAGAUAAAGGCGCGAUUAGAGGCGCACCAUCGUAUAACCCAGCGUGCUUGAAAUGGCAGGCCUAUCUCAAGUUUUCUAAAAUCCCUUUUCAAACCGCCUCAGCGAACAACCAUGCCUCGCCGAGCGGCUCACUACCCUUUCUGCUUCCCGCGUCUCCAGAUCCAUACAAGGAGACACAACCUGUACCUUCUGGCAAGCUACAGCGAUGGGCCUUGAACAACAGCGAGAGUCCAAUAAAAGAGCCAGGAGACUCGCGGUACGAGGCCUACCAUAGUCUGCUUGACCAUCGGAUACGGAGAGCCUGGCUCUACACCAUCUACCUUUCCCAGAACAGCACCACCAUCGCCGAGCCUCUCUACAUCCUCCCUACCUCGCGCAACUCCUUCGUACGCCUCACAAUAUCCCGCGAACUGCGUCUAGCAGCCGAGCAAGAACUGCUAAAGUACUCGAGCAUAAUAAAUGACGAAACGCUCUACAACCAAGCAGACGAGGCAUUUGCUGCUUUGGAGACGCUGCUAGGAAAGGACAAGUGGUUCUUUGGAGCAGAGACACCGGGCGUCUUCGAUGCGAGUGUAUUUGCGUACACACAUUUGCUGUUGGAGGCACGACUGGGCAAGGGAUGGGCGGACACAAGGUUACGGGACGCGCUAAUGGCGCGCAAACGCCUGGUCACGCAUCGAGAUCGGAUUCUGGCAGAGUAUUUUGCCGACGCGGCUUGAAGGGAGCGGGUACGCAAAGGUUAGAUGUGUAUAACAUGAUUGUAUGAAGAGAAACGAGCAUCACUACAGCGAUAAUAUUACUAUUGCGCUGUGGAUAUCUUAUCGAGGCAUAA